AUGAAAAAGAAAACAUUCGAGACCUGUAUUCUACCAAUUCUUACUUAUGGCUGCGAAACUUGGUCAAUAACACUUCACCACAGGGAAAGGCUAACACUUACUUAUGGCUGCGAAACUUGGUCAAUAACACUUCACCACAGGGAAAGGCUAACAAAAUGCCAACGUGCCAUGGAAAGAAGCAUGCUGGGUUUAAAAAUCAAAGACAGAGUCAGGAACGUAGACAUGAGAACAAGAACAAAACUCAUAGACAUUCUUACGCGGAUAGACGUCUAA